AUUUAAAUUUUAUAGAUCACCCUGUGACAAAAAAAAUUCUAACUGAGCUUACGAUAUUAUAAUGGAAAUGUCAGCUCGUAAAUUCCAUUUUAUACUAGACACAAACCACCUCCUAAUGGAAAAUUUCAUCAAUACAAAAUUAUUGUACACAAAUAUUGACAAUAUUACUGUCAAUAGUUUUUCUUCCAAAAAUAAAAUAGAUGACCACACAAAAAAAAAUUAAAUAAAAGAACUCAACUUAAAAAAAAUACAUUAAAACGAUGCCUGAAUCCGAUGAAAGAGAAAAACUUCGACGAUUCAUUGCAGUUUAUCGCAAUCUACCAAUUUUAUGGAGACCACAAAAAUGUCCAAAUUCUUCCAAAAAAGAUCGUUCAGAUGCUUAUGAAAAACUUUUGGAAGCUUACAAACAAGUCCAUAAAGAUGCCGAUUUAUUGGAUUUGAAGAAAAAAAUCAACUCAAUGAGAAGUAAUUUUCGCAAAGAAAUGAAAAAAAUUGAUGAAUUCGCCGCAAUUGGUAUUAAACAUCAACCAUCUUCUUGGAUGUAUACAGAAUUGAUUUUUCUUAAAUCAGCAUUUACUCGGGUUUAUUCAACUAUUUUGGUUUCCGAUGAGGAAGAUUCGGGUAAUGAAAUGAGCCAAAGUGGAGAGAGUAAUGAUGUUAAGACUGCUCUCCAGACUCUUAUUAAAAGACGGAGAUGUUCGGAAUCAAAUAAUGUUGAUAUUCCAACUAUAUAUACUCAAUGCUCAGCUCCAACACCACCAGGAUCUUCAACAUCAAACCAAAAUGAUGUUCCAUUAAAAUUCACAGAGACUUCAUUUAUGAGACCUUUAUCCUCUGAAUCAGAUCAACAUCUUGAUCCAUCACCUUCCUAUACACAGUUGCAUUCUCCUAAAAUACAGCCAAUACUUUCUAGUAAUGGUCCACCGCGUAUUGUAGCUGGACCAUCAGUUGCUUCCACCCACAGUUGCAAUGAUGAAUUAGCAAAAAUAUGGACGACGAAACUGAACCAAUUGAAACCGUUACAAAGACUCUUUGCCGAAAAGGCUAUAAAUGAUGUACUUUUCGAGGCACAAUUGGGUACUCUUCAUAGACAUUCUGUUCAAAUCAAUGUGGAUGGAGGUGGUAAUGGUGAUAGAACAAACACAUUUUCCAGUGCAAACGAUGGAUUUCGAAAUAUUGAGCAGAGUCAAUCUCCUCUGGAGUAUAAAUUUCACCAACAAACAGACGGAUUCGAUGAAGAUGAUCGUUAAUUAAUUCAAAUGUUUAGAAAUAAAUAAAAACAACCAAAUGUAUACCAAACAACCAAUAAGUUGAAAUUUUCAGUUCAAUCAAAAUCUACUUGAGUGCUCAAUAGGGUCGUCGAUUGUCGAGAAACAGCCCCAGAUUGUUGACGAAGGGCUUCAGACGUACAUAUUAUAAUACUGCAAAGAAGAAGUUUUGUGCGAUGUUAAGGAGACUUGGUCCUCUGUAGUUUGGCGCAUU